AAUCCAGCAUUUUAAUGAGAUCCUGAAAGUAAAAUUCGGAAAUAAAUUCUAUCCGUCUAUCCUUCUGUUUUUCUAUAACUCGACCUGCUUCUCUCGGUCGAGGGCAGCCCUUUCGAUGGGGGAGCUUCUUCGAGGGGGACACUGUUCUGCGGCGACGUCUCGCCACCUUGACCACGGCGCCUCGUUUCAGGGUCUAGGUCUCGAGACGUCGGUCGUUGCAUCCCUCACCAUUGCAUCGCAGCGAUAGCGAUUGAGAUCGCGCUUUGCGAUGUGCGGCAGAAAUGAGUGGGAGAAAGACAUGGAGACGAUUAAAGAUAGAGAAUAUGAUCUCCACUCGAGACACAUACGCAAUAGGACCACCGGCCAUCGCUGUCCCGAAGUGAUGACGGAGAAAGGUUCUAAACUCCCUCAGUUCUUGGCUGCUGUGGCGGCUAGUCUAUCUCUCCUCGCGUCUGGUGCGGCUCAGGGGUGGCCUAGUCCGGUUAUCCCUAAAUUGGGAAAGGAUGGUGGACCUUUGGGGUCACCGAUCAGCAGCGAGCAGAGUUCCUGGAUAGUAUCUCUGAUGCCCAUUGGUGCAACCAUUGGCAGCUUUGGGGCGGGAUACCUCGGAGACAGAUGGGGCCGUAAACGAGCAUUGUUAUCUUCUCUGGUGCCGUUUAUAAUUGGAUGGACACUCGUCAUUACUGCAGGGCACGUUGCACAGCUUUAUGUCGCUCGAUUUAUACUUGGAUUGGCUUUAUCUAUCACGUUCACAAUCGUUCCUAUGUAUUGUGGCGAAAUUGCUGAGAUUUCUGUCAGGGGAGCGUUGGGCUCUUUCCUUCAGCUUCUUAACACGAUUGGUUUUCUAUAUUCCUACGCUAUUGGGCCGUUCGUCAACUACGUGGUUUUUUGUAUUCUCUGUGCCAUCUUGCCGGUUAUCUUCUUCGUCUGCUUUAUGAUGAUGCCGGAAUCUCCGUACUUCCUCCUCAGCCAGGAUCGCAGAGAUGAGGCAAUCGAAUCUCUAGCGAAACUCCGAAGCAAAUCCAAAGCGGCUGUCGUGGAGGAGACCGACGAAAUACAGGUGAUACUCGACGAAGCUUUCAAGAAUCAAGUCAGAAUUUCGGACCUGUUUAGAGUGAAAGCGAAUUUCAAGGCGUUGAUCUACACAUGUAUCAUGGCUUCCUUCCAGCAGCUUGUAGGCAUCAACUUCGUACUGUUCUACAUGCAAAAUAUCUUUAUUGCUGCCGGAGGUCUUGUCUCAUCGGAGAUAGCGGCAAUUAUCGUCGGAGUCGUACAGGUGGUAGCGUCAAUGGUCACUCCCGUGGUUGUCGACAGGUCAGGUAGAAAGAUACUCCUCAUUCUCUCCGGAAUCGGAGUGACAAUUAGUUCGUUUUCCCUGGGCUUGUAUUUCUACUUGAAGGAGGUACAGCACGCGGACGACGUGAUAGAGCAGAUAUCCUGGUUGCCGGUAGUUGCGCUUGUCAUCUACAUUGCCACGUACAGCGUAGGCUGGGGUUCGGUUCCAUGGGCAAUGAUGGGUGAGAUGUUUGCCUCGAAUGUCAAAGCUAAGGCUUCCAGUAUAACGGUUUUCUUCAGCAAAUUAUUUCUCUUCAUCACCACCAAAUUCCCCGUCGAUCUUGAAGAGGCGUUAAACGGCAAGUACGCAACCUUCUGGAUGUUCGGAGGAUUCUGCAUUCUUAGUAUCCUCUUCACGGUAUUGCUGUUGCCCGAAACGAAAGGCAAGACUCUGCAGCAAAUCCAGGACAAACUCAAUGGUGUAACUUCGACUGUAAAGGAAGAGAACGGGACGAAGACGUCAAGGGCAUCCCUUUCGAUGGGAUUAUGCCUACAGCAUUGUACCAGUGAGUGUCUCUCGGUGUUGUGUGAUACACUCCCAAUCAGAGAAUCCGUAGAGUUGCAUCCGUACAUAUGCGACAAAACAUCGUUGCGCACCGUCAGCCAUCACUAUCUCGAAAAGAUGACAGAGAAAGGUUCCAAACUCCCUCAGUUCCUGGCUGCUGGGGCGGCUGGUUUAGCUGCGAUCUCGACUGGUUGCGCUGGAGGGUGGUCAAGUCCGGUCCUACCCAAAUUAGAAGGGGAUGGUGGACCUUUGGGAUCGCCGAUUAGCGCCGAGGAGGGUUCCUGGAUAGGAUCUCUGGCGGCCAUCGGUGCUAUCUUUGGCAGCUUAGUGGCGGGAUACCUCGGAGACAGAUGGGGCCGUAAACGAACAUUACUAUCUUCUGUGGUGAUGUAUUUAAUUGGAUGGGCACUUAUCGCCACUGCAGGCCACGUUGCACAGCUUUAUGUCGCUCGAAUUAUACAUGGAUCAACUAUGGCUAUGACGUUUGUAAUUCUCCCUAUGUAUUGUGGCGAAAUCGCUGAGACUUCUAUCAGGGGAGCGUUGGGCUCUUUUCUUCAACUCUUCAUCACGAUCGGUAUUUUAUAUGCCUUCGCUAUUGGGCCGUUCGUCAGCUACUUGGUCUUUUGGAUUGUCUGUGCCAUCCCGCCGGCGAUCUUCUUCGUCUGCUUCAUAAUGAUGCCGGAGUCUCCGUAUUUCUUCCUUAGCCAGGGCCGUAGAGAUAAGGCGAUUGCAUCACUAGUGAAGCUCCGAGGCAAAUCCGAAGCGGCUGUCCAGGAGGAGGCCGACGAAAUGCAGGUUACACUUGACGAGGCUUGCAGGAAUCAAGCAAGCAUCUCGGAUCUGUUCAAAGUAAAGGCGAACCUCAAGGCGCUGACCUACGUAUGUACCAUGGUUUUUUUCCAGCAGUUUACCGGUAUCAACGUCGUGCUGCUGUAUAUGCAUAAUAUCUUUAUUGCUGCCGGAGGUCUCGUCCCAAUGGAGAUAGCGCCGAUUAUCAUUGCAGUCGUGCAGGUGUUAGGGUCACUGGUGACACCUUUUGUUGUCGACAGGUCAGGUAGAAGGAUGCUCCUCGUUUUCUCCGGCAUCGGAGAGACAGUCAGUUUAUGUGCCCUGGGCUUGUAUUUCUUCCUGCAGGAGGUACAACAUGCGGACGACGUGGUAGAGAAGAUAUCCUGGUUGCCGGUGGUCGCGCUCGUCAUCUACAUUGCCACGUACAGCGUAGGCUGGGGUGCGGUUACGUGGGCAAUGAUGGGCGAGAUGUUUGCCUCGAACAUCAAGGCUAAGGCUUCCAGUAUAACGGUUUUAUUUCACUGGUUCUUGGCCUUCAUCAUUUCUAAAUUCUUCGUCAAUCUUGAAGAGGCGUUCAAUGGCAAAUACGCCAUCUUCUGGAUGUUCGGAGGUUUCUGCAUCAUUAGUAUUCUUUUCACGGUAUUGCUGUUGCCCGAAACGAAAGGCAAGACUCUUCAGCAAAUCCAGGACGAACUCGGUGGAGUGACUUCGACUAUAAACGUCGAGAACGGAACGAAGAAUUUCCAGAGUUUACCACCUGGAGGUUGCAGUACGGUUUUAAACUCUUUAUCGGAGUGCUUUUUUAACGUGAGUCCCCUCGCCUCUCACUAUAUUUUCGUAAAAUCGGGGUGCUUUUUUAACGUGAGUCCC